UCAACGACAUUCGCCAUUGGAUUUGGUAGCCACCGUUUCUUCUUCUUCUUCUUCUUCUUCUCGCAUCGAAUUCUCAGACAAAAGCUGAGCGGGACUGUAAUGACAGAUAAUAGGGAUGAUGAGAACUCAACUUUAGUUGAUAACUCAUUUGGGAAGCUUCCAGAUCAUCUCCUAAUUGAAAUUUUUAUUCGAGUUCCUGUUACAGACUGGGGAAGAAUAUCCUGUGUCAAAAAGCAUUGGGCAAAAAUGUUUGGGGGAGAAUGCCUGUGGCAGGCUGCUAUUAACAGGACAUAUCCUCUGGCUAGCCAAGUGAAAAGGUGGCCUGGACCCAUCCCUUGUGGGUUGAGCAAAAAGAGAUAUACAGCUUUACAUGUCAAUAAACACAUCUUUGCUUUGGAUAGCGAUAUAGACGAGAUAGUUGGUCAUGCAUACCUAUUUUUGAAAGAGCAACUUGAACUUUCAACUAUGCCUCCUCCUUCUUCUAUACUUCAUGGAUCCAUGAUUGCCAGUAGUUUUUAUGAUUUAGCAGAUCAGUUUAUUGCUUGUGGAAAAUCAAGAGACGUGGCCCAUGAUCUUGCUUCGCAGAUCUGGUUGGCUGUUAUUGACAAUUUAGACGAAAAUGAUAACGGAUUUCUUGUACUGAAGCGCCUUGCACAGGAGGAUGAUAUUUUUCUGCCAUUCCCAUACUUGAAAUCGGUUGAAGUUCAGUGGAAGGUGUUUGAAAGGCUCUUCACAGAUUUUCGUGAUUGCUUUAGUCAUCCGGAUUAUUAUGAUAUAUUGGCAUGUGCCAAGAACAAGUUCCAGCCAAUACCAUCUACAUGGUUGGGUUACUAGUCUGCUUCAAAUCUUUGUCUGGAGCCUUGCAAGGUUCUUGUAUGUAAUCACUGCUAGAAAGCUCUGGACUCCAGCCUAGCUAGAUUGGCUGGUAUCACCCCUGGAUGAGGUUAUACUGUACCUGAUGGAACUGUAUAUGCUGUUAAUAAGAACAUUUCAUAAUACAGACAAAAAUGAUCCCUUGGCUGUGGCUGAACAUGUAGGCUUUCUGAACUCUUCCCUCCCCUGCCAUCUACAUUUCUUAGAAGCCCGUUGAACAUUUAAAAAUAAUAUUAUGUAAAGUUUGGAUAUAUAAUCAUGGUUUCUAUCCAGGUUCUGGGGAACCUCCUCGAAAGUCCAUGGGAGAACCUGGGAGGUAGCAUGGGACUUGUAUAAACUGUUACUUUCACUAACCCUCUAUUUUUCUUUUUCUUCUCAGGAGAAUAACUUGAACCUGUAUACGGAUAAAUACAUCUAGAAAAUACUAGUUUUGCCAUUGUGCUCUGUUACUGGCUAUGGUUUUCUUGCAUUUCGAAUUGCUUAAAGACAGUUAGCUGUAACCGUGAGUAGAAAUGUUGAUGUGGUCCUUUUUGGUUUGGACUAAA